GCGCGGCGGAAGCGCAGAGCGCGGCAGGAGUCCAAAGGGAUCACGAGGGUCCGAAAUCACGGUGGUCGUUCGCUCGCCGGUUAAACGACUCUUGACAUGAGCCUCGGUUCCCGCGCGUCCGUCAGCUAGGAGAGCAACUUGCGGUUCAAAGAUUGCUCGUUUCGUUUGUGAGUGCGAGCUCGCUCACUUUGUACCGAACGAAGGAGGAGGAGGAGGUGGGAAGAAGGUGGAUCGAAUCGGUGAAAGAAGAAGAAGAAUCGAGCCCCGUUGUACUGUGGCUGGCUCAUAAGAAGUCUCGCCUCGUCGGAAGAGUCGGGGAUUGAUAAAGUGACGUGGUACCGUGGAUUUUUUCUAUUAUUUCUUUCGCGUUCCUCGAGACUUCUUGUGAGUCGUGCGUACAGUAGAGGUGUUCGAUUCGGUAUCAGUGAUCGUUGUCAGUGAUCGACGCCCGUGAACAAGCGAGCACCUUUCGACGCGCACGUCUUCGAAAUCGAGGAUCAAAAGUGAGGAUAUCAUGUGCUCAGUGGACGAAACUACGUUUCAACGCCGAGUGAAUCGGGCAAUUAUCCUGGAUCUUCCGUGUUCUUUGACGUGUACGCGAAAACCGUAUCUUUCCGUGUAUCGAGUUGAAAAUCAGUUGGAGAGAGAGGGAGAAAAAUAAGGAGUCGUUAAAGUUUCGUCUGGUUUAACUUGAUAUUGGGAAGAAAUUAGGGAGGAAGGUGCAUAUUUGUUCACGGGAUCGACGAACACCAGUCAGACACCUGUUACCAUUCUCGACGAGAGUUGAACCGGAUCGAAGUUCGAAGUGGUGACGGGGAUAACGAAAUUCGCCUCACGGAAGAUUUUCCUCUAAUUAAAUUGUCUGCUAAAAUUCACAUCUUUGGAACUAAUUACACCAGAUUGAUAAGAUGUACGUAUUCGAGCGUCGGUGAAGCGAUUCGCGAGAGAAUAAUUGGCCGCAAUCGAUCACGGUUCGACUCGGUGUACCGCUGCACCGCGGAAGAGCGAACAAUGGAUAUGAGAAGAGCAGAGGCUAAGUAGCAGGCUGCAGGUACAGGAACGGAGAGGGCGAAGCAACAGGAAAGAAAGAGCGGAUCGAGCGAGAAGGAGCCGAAGAAGAAGAGGAAGAGGAAGAAACGAGGAAUAUCGAACGAAGAAUCCUUCCUUUCGAAGUCAAAUCUAACGAGGGAAAGAAAGGAAGAAAAAGAAGGGCAGAGGAAAUAACAAGUAUCUCCAGGAAGGGAAAUAAAAGAGGGAAAAUUUAGAGAAGAAGGAGAGGAAAGAAAUAGGGUAGAAGGAGGAAGAGAGGAAAAAUGAAGGAGAUCGGAUUAUGGACACUGAUUUGGACAGUGAGUGUAAUAACGGGUAUGGGCGUUGCACAAACAUCGCAACUAUGCCCAUCUCACACCGAAAUCUCGCCCUGUUCCUGCACCCUGAAGAAAUCCGGAUUGGACAUCAUAUGCGAGUACACGGAUCUGUCUCACAUCUCCGAUGUGAUGAGCUCUCUCAAAGGAAGGACCAACACUGUCAUCUUCUAUCUCAGGCUCAGGCACAACAGUCUGCCCAAGUUGCAGCCCUACGUGUUCCUCGGCCUCGACAUCCGCCAUUUGACCAUCCACAACAGCAGUCUGGCGAAGCUCGAGGAAUCGUCCUUGAGUUCCGUCGGAAGUGGGCUGACGCAAUUAGACCUCUCGCAGAACGCUCUGGCCUCGAUCCCGUCUAGCGCGUUGAAGGAGCUUCACCACCUACUCAUCUUGAAUUUAAACCGCAACAAGAUCAAGGCCAUCCAUAAAAACGCCUUCGAUGGGUUGGACACUCUCGAGAUUCUUUCCCUCUACGAGAACGAGAUCUCCAUCAUAGAAGAGGACGCCUUCACAGGACUGCACGAUCGAAAGCUGAGGAGAUUGAAUCUGGGAGGAAACGAGUUGACCAAAGUGCCGACGCAAGCGCUCCGCACUCUGAAUAUGUUGAAAAAGUUGGAGAUGCAAGAGAAUAGGAUCGCUUCCAUUCAGGAAGGUGAUUUUGAAGGCCUGGAAAGCCUGGACUCGUUGGGAUUGGCGCACAAUCGGCUCCGCGAGGUACCCGCCCGUGUCUUCUCCCACAUGACGCAAUUAAACUCUUUGGAACUGGACGGGAAUCAAAUUACCCACGUGGAUCCGAAUGCGUUCAUCGGUCUCGAGGAGAACCUGCAAUAUUUGCGACUGGGCGAUAAUAAUUUACACUCGGUGCCGAGCGAUGCGUUGCGCCGUCUACAUCGAUUACGUCACCUCGAUUUAAAGGCCAAUAACAUCACCGCGCUCUCGGAGGACGCUUUCACCGGAUACGGGGACUCCAUUACGUUUCUCAACCUCCAGAAGAACUUGAUCAAAAUAUUGCCACCGGUGGUCUUCGAAAAUUUGAACUCGUUGGAAACGCUGAAUCUGCAAAACAACAAGCUCGUGCAUAUACCGGAGGAGGUGACUGAAAAUAUCGUGGAUACGUUGCGACACAUCGAUAUCACGGACAACCCUCUGGUUUGCGACUGCGAGCUACGAUGGUACUCCAUUUGGUUGGGAAAUCUACGCGACAAGGACGACGAGAGGAUGUCGAGGAAGCACACAGUGUGCACCAUGGUCAGCGAGAACCGAGAGUAUUCCGUUCAGAAUAUACCGUUGGAGAGAAUGGGCUGCGUCGGGAAGAACGCUGGAAGAACCUCCUCAAUGGGCACCUGUCACGUUUACACCGAUACCGUGUUGCGAUUACUGAUCGUCGCCGUUGCUCUGCUCUAACUGCGAUGUCCGAUCGUGUGAUGCGCUCGGACACCUCAGUUUCCUCAAACGCGUUCCCCUGAUUCGCGCGAAAAUUCCCUCGAAUUUAUCGCCUUUGUUUUUAUCGUCCAACAAUCGCGUCACGGUCGCGGAGACGUGACACGAUUGAACGAUCGAUAUCUAUUUCUCGUUUCGCCAUUUUAAGCUUUGAUAGCGUUGAUAGAAGUAUCGAGGAAACUGAUCGAUCGUACGUCAAGUUAAAUUAUUGUGAGAAAAAUUGAAUAAUAAUAAUAAUUCUUGCAGAGAUCAAGAACAAGUAAAUCGAUAUUUUUUUCGUUGGAAGAUAAAAAUGAUUCGUCAGAUUUUUGAAAAAUAUUUACCCAUCCGGAGUUUUUGUUGGAAAAUAACCGUGUGAUUCAUAACGAUCGACAACCGAUCAGUAUUUUGACAUAUUGAUCGCGACGUCGUUCGAUCGAAAAUUGAAGGACGAAAUAUUGAAUCAUGGCGGCCAUAAUUAUCUCGAUCGUCCGGUCGAUUGAAUUUCGAUCGUAGCGUUCGAUUCUAACGUAAGUCGAAAACCACGCUCGAACGGUGUAAAAGGGAGAAAGGGAAGAAACUCGAACGAUAACAGGGUGAAAAAAGGCCCUACUAUGUUGUAGUAAAUGUACAAGCCUUUUUCAUCGAACGUUACAUAUCAAGAUCGUUGCCAAGUAUUUUAUGGAUGUCUGUUAAAGCUCGUGCGAACGCGAGAUGCGUAGUAUAAUUCGAUAGAAAAUUCGAAUGUCUGUAGUUUAGCCAUUUUAUGAUCCACGGACAUUCAUCUUAUACAUAUCAACCCGUUCCUGGAAUCAUUGAGACGAAGUCAUCGACAUUUCUUAAUGUUGCACUUCGUACGUCACAGUCUCGUCAAAUAAUAAUAAUAAAAAGUAGAACGUCACUCUUCGAUUUUCAUUGUUGCUGAAAGUUACGGAGAUAUUCGUUAAUUAACUCGGCCGGUAUACAAUAUUUUGUAAAUUGAUUUAUCUUAUUUAUUAAUCGUUAUUAUUAUUUUCUCUUUUUUUUUUGUACUAUCUCGAUAUAUUUAUCCCACUUAUUGAUAUUUAUUUCCAGAAGUAUUACUCGAUCAAGAAACGUUCGAUCGAAACGGUCAGGGUAUCGUAUAGAUCGAUUCAAACGAGUUCUUCAACUCGCAGUCUUUGGCGGUGAUAUCUUGAGAUCAUUCAAAUGCUUAACUUCGUUCACAAAGGAGCGGCCGGUCGAAAUGAAAUAACGACUGCUGAUAGAACGUAAUAUACUCAACAGGAAACCGACACUUGUCAAUUCCGGUAGAGCACGAUUCAUUGAAAUGGCUCGUCGCUUCUGUUUUGUGAUCUCCACUGCUACUCUAAACGUCGACACUUAUACGCGCGUCAUAAAAUUACAACCGCCUUUCAGCAACGCCGCAAGAUGAAACGAUAAAAUGAUAGUGUACGUCGCAGUUACGCUUUUGCCGCACGAUCUUUAAUUUCUAACUAGAUGUUUUUAAGUUCCCCUCCCCCAAGCAACGCGCGGAUUGUGACGUGCGAACACGUAAUGCUUCUAUCUUCAAGUUGCGAAACGUGUUCGAAGUUAAUUCGAAACUUAUGGCGUGUCAAAGAUAACUGUAAUAUUUUUCGAUGGACGGGAGAAAUUCGAUUGUUGUUACGAAACGAAGAAAGUAUAAAGACAAAUCCUGCAUUGUAAUAUUAUAUUGUCAGAUAUACAAGUAUAUGUAUAAUUUUUUAGGAUUAUUCGGUUACGAAUAUGUUGAUGAGAACUUAGUAAAAUAGCAUCGAACACCUUUCGUACACUAUAUCGCGUGAGAUAAUUAUUAUGAUAUUGAAAAUGCGUUCACAAAACGUAGUAUCGUAAAAGCGUUACACAAGGAAAGUAAAUUGUGUUUUACUAUUCGAUAAUUAAUAUAGAAUAAUAAGAGAGUAAUAAUGUUAAGGCAUUAAUAUUACGAGUAAUACUUGCAUACCGAAAUUAAUAAGUAAAUAAUAAUGUUACGUCGUGACGCGAACCAUCAUUCUAAUAAAAAUCGAAGGAGAUCUUGAAAACUUUUAAAA